UUGCCUCCAACCCGCCGUCGUAGAAGGGAAAAAGAAAGAAAAGGAGAAAGAGGAGGCAGCAGGACAAACCUCUUCUGCCCGUCAACCUUCAGCCGUUCGCCGCCAACCCAGCCACCACGUAGUAUAUCCGUGGUCAAUUUCAAACAGGUGAACUCCAAUUUCCUCUUGCCAUUCCCGAUUGGUUCUUUUGGCAGUUGACUCCAUCCGUUGAAGUUCAAUCAAAAGCAUGGCUGUAGAUGAAAAGGUGGGAGAAAAAGUUCGGCGAGAUCGUCGUAAAGAAGCUCGGUUACUUAAGAAGAAGAAAAAGUUUGAUUCAUGGACUGAACAUCAGUUACAUCGCAAACUGAAGAAAUGCUCAAGUGAUUCGAAUCCAAUAGAUGGGAUUAAAUCAAAAGAUCCAUCUAUUCAGAGUCUCAAGAAAAGAGAACUUUUGCGGACAGAUCUUGACUCCGAAAGUGAUCAUAGCUCAGAGCAACCUGCCAAGUCGAAAAAAUCUGAAAUUAGAUUGGAUUCUUCAAGAUUUCCCAAAUCAACUGCAUCAAAUGCCAUAGAAGGACAAAAAGGCUUAAAGAAAUCAAAAAGCAAGUUCAAUGAUUAUCUUAAAAUGGAAAUGCAACACUCUGGCAUCCCUGCUAAGGAUGAUUUUGAAAUGGAAAGGAAACUUGCAAAGAAACUCAAGGUGAAGGAUGGGAAAUUAAGAGGAGCGGAUGACGAUAUGAAUAUGUUGUUUGAAGGAAUUCCAUCUUUUAUUGAUUUUUUUGAGGAACAACAAAGUCCUGUGUCUGAAGAAAUUGUGAAAAAGGGAUCUGAGAACAGUUCGUCAUCGAAGAAAAGGAAGAAGAGAGAGUCAUUUGAGAAACAACUAGAGGGUGGCAGUGACAUGGCAGCGGAGACAAUGGUUGGAGUAUUUAAGCCAGUUGAAAGCAGCUAUGACAUAGAUCAAAGCAUGCAACAGGCUUCCAAGCCAAAGGAAUUCAAGACUAAACUAGAUUGUCCAAAAAGUUCUGACUCUGCUGCUGUGAAGGAGGUGAAAAGAAAGAAGAAAAAAAUGUCAGAGCGGGAGCCAGCCGCUGAGGUGGCAGGUGACACGGCUGUUGUAGUGUCUGAGCCAGUGGAAACUUUUCGUGCUGAGGUGGCACCCGGAAAUGUUCCUGCCAAGACACCUGAGUUGGAUGCAAAUGUGAAAUAUGUAGCUCCUCAUUUGAGAUCUCGUACACGGAAUGAGUCUGAAGAGUACUCCCAAAUUCGUAGACGGGUACGAGGACUUCUGAAUCGGUUAUCUGAAUCAAAUGUGGAAUCAACGACUGGCGAAAUGUCCACUAUAUUUCGUUCUGUUGCUCGCAGUGUCGGUUCUCAGAUUAUAACUGAAGAGGUCUUGGCAUCAUGUUCUGGAGGUCCUCGUGGCAAUGAACAGUAUGCUGCUGUUUUCGCAGCUUUUGUUGCAGGCAUGGCUUCUUUGGUUGGGAUUGAUUUCGGUGCAAAACUUCUGGCUUCCCUUGCUAAAUGUUUUGAGGAUGAGUACCUAGAAGAAGACAAUCUUUCCUUGCGGAAUCUGACACUUCUAUUAUCUUACUUAUACAUUUUCGGUGUUUGCUCAAGUGAUUUGAUAUAUGACUUCAUGAUUAUGCUGAGCAAGAGGUUGAGGGAGAUAGACGUUUCUACCAUCUUGACAAUUCUGCAGUGCUGUGGGAUGAAUCUAAGAGGUGAGGACCAUGCUGCCAUGAAAAGUUUUGUGCUGAGUGUGCAGAAUAGGGCAAAUGAGUUGAAGGCCGCUUCCGGAAAUGGCUUACAUAGCAGUAGCAAAAGAAUGGAAUUCAUGCUGGAAACCAUAUCUGAUAUCAAGAACAACAAAAAGAGGGCAAAAGAGGAUACUCCACAGCAUACACGGAUGAAAAAGUGGCUACAAAAGCUAAGAGUUGAAGAUAUUUUAAUUAGAGGGUUGAAAUGGAGCAAGCUUCUGGAUCCUGACAAGAAAGGUCAAUGGUGGUUGUCUGGGGAUGUGGUCCCCCUAAUAAGUAAUGUUGAAGAGGUUACCAGCACAAUUGAGAAGGAGUCACUUGAAGCCCAGAAACUGCUGCAGCUUGCUAGUGCACAAAGGAUGAACACGGAUGUUAGAAGAGCAAUCUUUUGUGUAAUAAUGAGUGGGGAGGACUACAUUGACGCUUUUGAGAAACUUCUAAGGUUGAAUUUGCAAGGGAAGCAGGAUAGAGAGAUAAUGCGAGUUCUUGUGGAGUGCUGUUUACAGGAGCAAGUAUAUAACAAGUACUACUCUGUUCUUGCUACCAGGUUAUGUAGCCAUGACAAUAACCACAAAGCGACUUUAAAGUAUUGCCUCUGGGACCACUUCAAGGAGCUGGAGUCGAUGGAGCUGAAGAGAUCUAUGCGCCUUUCAAAGUUCGCUGCGGACAUGUUUGUCUCGUUCACUCUCUCUCUUGCGGUAUUGAAGGUGGUUGACUUCACUGACACCACGCAGAUGAUUCCCAAGAGAAUAAAGCACUUCCAGAUGCUAUUCGAGGCCAUCUUUGAGCAUCCUAAUACCCUUGUUUGGAAUGUAUUCACUCGCAUAGCUGCUAAUCCUGAGUGUGAAUCUCUUCGACAGGGUAUCGAGUUUUUCAUCAAUAAGUAUGUCGUCAGUAGCCGAAAUUCCCUUGCCAACAAAUCCAAGAUUGUAAAGAAAGCGCUUGCGAGUGUUGAUGGAGCUCUCAUGGAUGUCCGAUAAUUAAGUUCUAAAUUAUGCAAGUUUUGUAGUUUAAAGUUACAUGUGAGUCAGAGUUUUGGGAUUUCCGAACUUUGUAAUUCGCAUAACAUGUGGCUCUUGAUUUUUUAGGAAUCCAAUUUUGGGAUGUGCUUGACUUGUUA